AUGAAUGGCGUGGAUCGCAGUCGCACGGGCUCCGCGCCUGUAACGCCUACCGGAAAAUCAUCUAGCGGCUUCGGCAAGUUUUUUGGGAGGAAGAAGGAGGAGAAGAAAGACACCGAGCCCACCGUCAUCACAUCCAAACAUGCCGCCGCGGUGAAAACCAAGCUGGCAUUGGACCCUAAAUACAAGGACGUGCGGAGGGGCUCCGCUCCCGUUUACGUGUCGAGCGCGACGCAGAACAACUUGUUGAUCAGUGCUGGAGAGCAGGAGAAGCGGCAUCCGCAUUCGGGGUCCCCAGCUGUGUAUUCACUGAAGGAGAAAGCCGGGCUGCCCUUGCUUACGCGCAUCAUCAGCGGCGACGAGGCCGAUGAAUUGGACGAGUGGGAGAAAAUGCGCGACGAGUGGAAGCAGCGGAAACUCCCAACCCUGGACGACGAUAUCAUCGAAGGCGUAGUGGUUGGCGGUCGGGACUCGGGGCGAUCGACCCCAGCAGACCAGGACGAGAAAACGAUCGAAAUCCCACCCUCGGAAGUGGUGGAGCGACAAGGCGUAGGGAUACUGUCCGUUUCGGGCAUGACAACUGACGAAUACUCGCCACGACCAUCGAGGACACAUACACCGAUUGGCGGAAGGUGGAAGAAAGACGAGAAGGGUGUCUGGAAGAGAUAA